AUGGAACAGUUUGAUCUGUCCUCCGCACCAACUACCUGGUUCCCCCCCAAGGACACCACAAUGAGCGUCGAAUCCAUCCCUCAGCACGUUGUAGUCGUGGGUGGCGGCAUUGUCGGUGCUUCCAUCGCUUGGCACCUUUCCCAAGACACCAACGUCACUGUUGGCGGUGUGGCAACGCCCAACUCAUUUGCUUGGAUCAACGCGGUAUCUGGCGACCCCCAGUACUACUACAACUUCCGCGAUCGCUCUGUCAAGAGAUGGAAAGAGAUCAGUGAAGAGCUUCCAGACCUUCCUGUCCACUGGGGAGGCGGCCUGAAUUGGAGCUUAGAUCCCGAGGAACUCCAGGCGUACUUGGACAAGUAUGCGGGCUGGGGCUCUGACAUCAUCCGUGUCGACCACUCGACUAUUGCUGAGCUCGAGCCCAACAUCAAAGACGACAUUAUUCCUGAAUGGGGUGUAUAUGUUUCUGAAGAGGGCGCCGUUGAGGCACACAUCGCUGCGCGCCAACUGAUCGCCCACGCCGAGGCAAAGGGAGCUCAGCUCGUUGAAACCACCGCUACGGGAUUUAUCAAAACUGAUGGUCGCAUCAGUGGUGUCGUCACAGCCGCUGGGGAGAUCCAGGCCGACCAUGUCGUUGUUGCUGCCGGUGUCGGCAGUGUUGAUCUCCUUGCCACGGAGAACGUUGCCUUGCCCGUGACAAGCAAGGAAGGUAUUCUCGUCAAUUCUCGGCCAAGCAAGGCCAAAUUGGCCAACAGCGUUGUCUACACCAAAGACCUGCAUCUGCGCCAAACACUCGACGGCCGCAUCCGCGCGGGUGCUGAGGUCGAGGAAGAGGAUCCACAGGAGGUAGCCGAGGCGGUGUUUGCCUUGGUGCAGAAGACACUUAAGCAUAGCGAGAAGCUCAAGCUUGAUUACUAUACUGUUGGCUAUAGGCCAUACCCUGAGGAUGGUCUUCCAAUCUUGGGGCCUACAGGCAUUGAUGGGCUAACUAUCGCCACCAUGCAUUCGGGUGUCACCAAUGCUGCUAUCGUCGGCGAGCUCCUCAGCAAGCAGAUUCUCACUGGAGAGAGCGACCCCGCCUUGAGUGAUUUCCGGCUUGACCGCUUCAAGGAAUGA